GGCCUGGCCAGGGCAGCGAGGCAGCGAACGCUGCCGAGGCCCUCACCUUUUUUUUUUUUUUUAUUCUAGUAUAGGCACCUCAAAUAGUGAUGGACGGGGACUUAAUAGCCCAGGGUGCUAAGUAUUGUUAAAGGCUCUUUAGGUCAUUACAUACAUGUGCGAUUAAAUUUUGGUAAUUGGGUCUCGCACAAAUAUAUACAAUUAAUGAGCAAAAAGAGUUUAAAGGAUAAAAACUUAUUAACAUUGAAUAUUUGAAUACUUUCGGUUUAUUGGAAUAAUUUUGUUUUUAAAAUACAAGUAUUCUCUAGGUGUUUUGUUGUCAUGCAACAUUAAAUUCUCUUAUCGCAUCAUAAUGGUUUAAGUUUAAAAAUACGAGUAUUUAUUAUUUUUCGUAAAUUAUUUUUGUUCUAUUUUUGGAUACUACAUGUUUUUCAUAAUAUGUUAACGCUCGUGCAAUAUAAGAUAACGAUAAUACGAUGUAUAAAUAUAUUUAUAUUUCUUUUUAUACCAGUUGGAUUUUUAUCACUUCUAUAAUAGUUAAAUUAAUAUUUGUAUACAUACGGGGCACGGGCAUUCGAGUGUGUAACGCGUGUUCCGGUAUUAGUGACCAGUUUCGUUUUGUGUUUUGUGUAGCUUUAUUAAAAUUAACAAAAAUGAAUAAACAGAGGUUUCAAAGUGGACACGCCAAAAGAAAAGCGAAACAAAAGGAAGCCUUAAUUGCUUGUGGAAACGACAAAAGUCAAAAAAAAAUUUGCUUCUUCCCAACUAUUAGACAAGUAAUUUCAGGUAAUUCUAGUGUUACAAGUGAUCCAGUUUUAAAUAUAACUGAAAAUAAUUCAUCAGAUUUUGAAAAUGAUUUGAUACAUGCCAAUGAUAAUUCUAGCACAGGUUGUGAUAUAGUUUUAAGUACAACUGAAAGUAAUAUAGCAAAUACAGAAAGAAACAUAACUAAUAAUACUGGUAACAUGUGAAAGAGUUUUUUCUAAACUUUAGUUGGUUAAAUCAAAAUUAAGAUCUACUAUAAGUCAAGAACAUUUAACUCCAUUAAUGCUAAUGAAUGUCGAGAAAGAUAUAGAGAUUGAUAAAGAACAUAUUAUUAAUUGCAUAGCUGGUUCAUCUGAUGCAUUAAAAAGAUUACUUACGUUAUAAAUAAAAAAAAAUUAUACUAUUAGAAUAAUAAUAUA